AUGAACCGCUACAUUCUGCCGCUGUCCGUGCUGGGCACAGCGGUGGGGGGCGCCGUGCUGCUCAAGGACUAUGUCGCUGGCGGGGCUUGUCCCAGCAAGGCCACCAUUCCCGGGAAGACUGUUGUUGUGACGGGUGCCAACACGGGCAUCGGGAAGCAGACCGCCUUGGAGCUGGCCAAGAGAGGAGGAAACAUCAUUCUGGCCUGUCGAGACAUGGAGAAGUGUGAGGCGGCAGCAAAAGACAUUCGCAGGGAGACCCUCAAUCACCACGUCAAUGCCCGGCACCUGGACUUGGCCUCCCUUAAGUCCAUCCGAGAGUUUGCAAGGAAGAUCACUGAAGAGGAGGAACACGUGCACAUCCUGAUCAACAACGCGGCCGUGAUGCGGUGCCCUCACUGGACCACUGAGGACGGCUUCGAGAUGCAGCUUGGCGUUAACUACCUGGGCCAUUUUCUUCUGACACACUUGCUGCUGGACAAGCUGAAAGCCUCUGCCCCUUCGCGGAUCAUCAACCUCUCGUCCUUGGCCCAUGUUGCUGGGCACAUAGACUUUGAGGACUUGAACUGGGAGAAGAGGAAGUAUGACACUAAGGCAGCCUACUGCCAGAGUAAGCUGGCCCUUGUCCUCUUCACCAAGGAGCUGAGCCGGCAGCUGCAAGGCACAGGCGUGACUGUCAAUGCCUUGCACCCUGGCGUGGCCAGGACAGAGCUGGGCAGACACACGGGCAUGCACAGCUCUGCCUUCUCCAGCUUCAUGCUCGGGCCCAUCUUCUGGAUGCUGGUCAAGAGCCCCCAGCUGGCAGCCCAGCCCAGCACCUACCUGGCCGUGGCCGAGGAACUGGAGGGCGUUUCUGGAAAGUACUUUGAUGGACUCAAAGAAAGGGCUCCGGCCCCCGAGGCUGAAGAUGAAGAGGUGGCCCAGAGGCUUUGGGCUGAAAGUGCCCGCCUGGUGGGCCUGGAGAUGUCCUCUGGAGCGUCUGAGAAGGGACAGCCCCUCCGCAAAUAACCUCUGGGAACUGGCGUGAAAGCCACUGAGGAGGCAGAGUCCCAAGGAUGGAGCAGCGACAAACCAAGCUGGCCGCCAUGCCAGCAGCAGCCUCUAGGUGGCAGUAUCGGCUCUCCUGGCCACAGUGGAUUGAAUCGCAGAUGGGCACCUGACCCAGGGAAUGGCUGGUGUCUUGUGCCCUGCUGCCAGCAGGUGAGCGGGGCCAUCAGAUGCCUCCCCUGGGGCUGUAAACUGGGAACAGUGGAGGGCGGAGUCAGCUCGGCUGGUGUGGGCCAUGCCGGGGACCGUGUGGUGUGUGGUGGGCAAGUUCCAACUGAUGCCCUGGAGUUCACGGGUCCCCAUGGGACCUUGCACACCUCCAGUCUGCUCUCCAAAUGUAAAAUGCGCAGAAUAACUCGACUACCUCAUCGGAUGGCGCGUGGUGACGGGUGAUGGCCUGGCUUGGGGAAUGGCAGCUGUGCGUUCUUGGCCCGUGGACGUUUGCUGCGGGCCUUCCGUGUGCCAGACCCUGGCGAGGCGCCCCGCCGGGAACCGGCCGACACAGGUCUGCCCCUGUUAGCUCCGAGCCACGCUGGGGACAGCGCGGGGUGAGGAACCACCGAGGAACCUGGAAGCCUGUGAUCACGAUCCCCUCUCCAGUUCCCUCGGUGAUGUAAACCGGAGGCUCAGACCUGCUCUUUAAUAACAAAAGUUCUAAAAAUGCGGCUGAGUUGUAGGUUUCAUUGUCCUCGUCUGUGUGCGUGUGGGGAAGCGCCAACCAGCUGAACAGGAGAACUGAAAGAGCUCUUGUAUCUAUUGCCUUCAGGGGACCGAGUCAUCAGUUUAAGUGUCAGCGGGGCAAUAAUCAAAUUGGAAGUUCAGACGUUUCGAGAUGAAAGAUGUCCUCCCCCCUUUCCCGUGGCACCCAUCCUUGAAGUCUGCGUGUCUCCUGUGUUGGAAGCCCUGUGAGGGCUGGCCCUCAGCUCGGGCACAGACGUAACAUUGUAAACUGACCAUACUUCAGUAAAAAUAUAUUUAAAAAA